CCAGACCCAGGCGGCAAAAAGCGCCGCUCCGCCGUCCCCUUUUCCGUUUUCCUCCUCUCUUCGGCCCCACCAAGUCGGGCGCGUAGCCUUCGGGCAACGCGGACUGCCGUCUCUCCAUCAGCAGGAACCAAAGGGCCGCGGGGAAGCGUUUCCAGCCGGGGCCGCUUCUCGACCGGCCGGCCCUUUUCGCUGCGGAGGAGGCUGCGGGGCGGAGGGCUCGGCGGGACGAGCGGAGACGCCGCGGGGCCGCCACCAUGCCGCAGAACGAGUACAUCGAGCUGCACCGCAAGCGCUAUGGAUACCGCCUAGACUACCACGAGAGGAGGAGGAAGAAGGAGGGCCGAGAGGCUCACGAGCGGUCCCGGAAGGCCAAGAAGAUGAUCGGGCUGAAAGCCAAGCUCUAUCACAAGCAGCGGCAUGCUGAGAAGAUACAGAUGAAGAAGACCAUUAAAAUGCAUGAAAAAAGAAAUACAAAGAAAAAGAAUGAUGAAAAAACACCUAAAGGAGCAGUACCAGCAUACCUGCUGGACAGAGAGGGCCAGUCCCGUGCUAAGGUUCUCUCUAACAUGAUCAAGCAGAAAAGAAAAGAAAAAGCUGGGAAAUGGGAGGUUCCUGUGCCAAAGGUCCGUGCACAAGGAGAAACAGAAGUUUUAAAAGUGAUUCGUACAGGAAAGAGAAAGAAGAAGGCCUGGAAGAGGAUGGUUACAAAAGUUUGUUUUGUUGGAGAUGGCUUUACUAGGAAGCCUCCUAAAUAUGAACGAUUUAUACGACCAAUGGGCUUACGUUUCAAGAAGGCACAUGUGACACAUCCUGAACUUAAAGCUACUUUUUGCCUACCUAUCCUUGGUGUAAAAAAGAAUCCUUCUUCUCCUUUGUAUACAACACUGGGUGUAAUUACCAAGGGUACCGUCAUUGAGGUGAAUGUGAGUGAGCUUGGCCUCGUGACACAAGGGGGCAAAGUUAUCUGGGGGAAAUAUGCACAAGUAACAAACAAUCCAGAAAAUGAUGGCUGUAUUAAUGCAGUUCUACUUGUUUAAGUGGUGCUUGAUACUAAGCAUUAGACAUGAGCUCUUGUAAAAUCAGUGCAGUUUCAACCAGUUUGCAAGAACUCUGGAACCUUCAACCAUUCAAGAACAUGGACCCCACAAGCUGGUGAGGAACUUAAACAUGCCAGAAACAACUGCUCAGGUUUUCAUACUUGUUUGUUCAGAUGAAUACUGUCCAAAUAAAGUGAUUCAUUUUCAUGUU